AUGUAUUCAAUAUCCAGGGUGAAUGCUAUUCGAAGUUUAUACUACUGUAAACAAUUGCAGACAUCAGCAGCUAGUUUUGACAAUCAAAAAACUGAAAAGACUAUUAAUCAAGUCACAUUAUUGGGCAGAGUUGGAGCUGAUCCACAAAAACGUGGAACCAAUGAACAUCCAGUCAUUAAUUUUCCACUAGCAACACAUUUUAGUUACAAAUAUGAAUCAGGUGAUAUACUGCAGAGAACAGAUUGGCAUCGAAUAAGUAUUUUUAAACCAGGUUUACGAGAUACAGUGUAUAAAUAUCUGAAGAAAGGCCAAAGGGUAUACGUAACUGGUAAAUUAUCUUACGGAGAAGUGAAAUUAGAUGAUGGACAAGUAAGAACAGCUUCUACAGUAAUAGCAGAUGAUGUUAUCUUUUUUCAAACUCAACAAGCUGAAAAU